AUGGGCAGCGGACGCUCUCGCAGAAGCUCAAGCCAUUCAAGGAGAACGUCGAACGCAAGCAUCUUCGCAGCUAGCGCACCCCAAGCGAACCCUCCUACUGGGCAGGGAAAAAUCCUUCCUGACGUCCACAUUGACAAGAGCGCGACCAUGGAGACUAGUCACCAGCAAACUCGAUCUCCGUCGAGGGAGACCGUACUCGAAACAGUCAUCGUAUCCCCUUUGUAUGGUACAGAAAAUGAUCCCUCAUCCAAUGCCGCUAUUGGAGAUAUUUAUGAAAGAAAUGAUAUCAUGUCCAAUGGUCCCAUCGCAGGUCGCGUCUCCCACGUUCAUGUCUCAGCGGCAAUUGAACAGCGUAGGGUACCAUCUGUGAAGGACGGCCAUAUCAACCCUCCCCAGGCAAUUAAUGAAGCGCCAGAACAAGCCGCGGUAGCAGAGGACGGAAGAGGUAUAGUAGGUGCACCUAUGGAAUCGUCACACGCUCCUCUACAGAACAACGCACAUUCGACGGUCAGAGAAGCUAGUGGUGCAGGAGAAGCACUCAAACCAGUACCGCAAGGCCACGAGGAUGAUACGCAGGCUCUGGAAGCUUGGAAGCUUUGUGCGGAGCAGGUGUGGACAAGAGAGGAGCUCGUGGUCAAGAAGUGGAAGGACGAAAUCAGCAAUCUCCUGACUUUCACAACAAAGGCUGGUCUGUUCUCUGCCGCACUGACCGCCUUCAACGUCCAAUACUACGUCAAUCUCCAGCCGCAACCGCUCGAUCCCAAUACACUGGCCAUGCUUAUUAUGAUCGGCACUUUAGCACAGAUGAAUGACGGUACGGAUGCCAUGCAGCCGAUGAUCGCUGCCCUGAAUGCAUCUUCAUAUACCCCGGUGCCCGCUCAUGUCAUUUCGACAAACGUCCUCUGGUUCUCCGCCCUUGUCCUCAGCCUCAGCGCCGCUUCGCUCGCCAUCUCCGUCAGUCAGUGGCUUCAUCAUCACGUCGAUCGAGCGCCCUCACAGUCUCGUCAGAGCGUUAGGCUCUGGUAUUUCCGUCACUCGAUGUUCAAUGAAUGGAAUCGAAUGAAGGUGUGGUGCAUUACACAGAAACGAUGGAUACAUACAUCGAACUGGAGGGACAUAGACGACAUGUCUGUGCGCAUUCAGCAGGAGAAUACUGCCGAGGCUCUUGACAUGCUCGCUGAGGCAGACGCUACUGUCAUGGACGAUGCGCUGCUGAAGUCUGCGGUUAGACCCUGCCUUCUGGAAGUAUCCCCUGUCGCGCCAGUUCUUCCUGUCUUCUACCGGAUUCUGGAGCACCGAGCACAGGAUGUCGAUAACCUAACCGAUCCGCCAACUUUCACCUGGUCGACGGGUGAGCAGGACGCCGCAGCGAAUGCAAUUUUGCGAGAGACGUGCGCUGAUCUCCUGGUUAAAUACCUUCCGGAGAUCACAGGCGAGGAAUAUAGGGUGAUCCCGCUCUUGCGUGUCUUUACGUCAAUGAUCAGAGCAGCGCCACUAGAUGCAUCGCGCACAACUUUAGACAUCUCUGUGCUGCAGUCAAUAAUACGACCACGCCUCAUGGAAACGUCCUCCGUCAUAUCUGUUCUCCCCGUCCUUUACGAGGUCCUAAAGUGCCGAGCGCAAGACGUCGAUACUUCAACUGAUCCACCGACGCUGACCUGGUCGACGAAUGUGCAAGACGCGGCUGAAAUUACGUAUCUUGGGGAGAUAUGCAUUGAUCUCCUGUACAAAUAUCUUCGCGAGAUCGGGAGCGGGCAGUUCGAACCGGUUAGACUAUUGCAUCAUUUGGCAUCAUUGAUCAAAUACAUGCCGUACGAUGCCGCGAGAACAACAUCCUGUGAGAUCAUGGAGACCCUCCGCACGUACGGUCCCCAUGAUGCAACAUGGGAACAGCGUCGUGAUCUAUGUGCUAUUUUGCCUGUUUCCUUCAUUGAUGCGGUUGUCCAUCCGAGCAUUCAGCCUGGAGGCCUCCCUCUGGACAUCGCCAUUCAGGUCUACCAUACUAUUCUCCGGUAUCGCAUUCACGGUGUGGACUAUUUGCAAACAUCGUCUUCAUUUCAGAUCAGUGGAACUGAUGCUGAUGUCGUCACUGCCAUGGGUAGUCUAUCGUUAGAGAUAUUCACCAGGAUUACAUCGGAGGUGACUGAUACGACAGAGCUUCACCAACAGCAAAUGCAGACCCUUGCAAUCACACACUACCUUAUGAGAGAUACUCCCCGAAACAAAUUAUCAGUCUAUCAUCACCUCGUUGACCUAUUGCCUGCUCCAGAGCUCUCUCAGAAAGUGCUGAACAAACUCGUCAAACUUAUCUGUUACUUGACUUCAGGAUUCCGACUAGACAUUGGGGGCAUCCGGAGACUGCUCGGUUUCUUACCACAAGCCGGCAAGCGGCUCGACACCGAUGUAUUCCUCCAGAUCACAUCUUCAGCACUGCUGCAAUGCGCACUACUUCCGCCUGACGACUUUGCUCGUGUUCAUAGCGAUGUUCGUGGUGUGCUGGAUGCCGCUGUCGAGUACUUCAGCUUGUCUGGCAUAAUUGACGUGGUCCAGACACACUCUUGGAGCGAUUUUAGGUAUCUCCUUGGUGCAUGCUUCGACCUCGCGCAAGUGAUUAUCACACACCCUGUUCGCGUUGAUUCUCUUUUCACGCAAGAUUUUGUCAAUGCGCUGGGCGGCUGUGUAUCGCGAGGCCCCGGAUGGUGGAAACAUGCCAUGGAACCUCAAAUGGAGGAGAUAUAUCGUACUUUGGGUUUCCCCACCAUCUUCACUCAACCUAUCUCUGAGAUAACCACCAGCGCCGCACAAACACCGCAAGAAGAUGUGGAUGAAGGAACCAUGGAGCCUCUUCUGGCGGUUGAGGAACCUCCGGUGGUGUAG